AGCUUCCGUCAAUACUAGCAUAUACUCGAAAAGAAAAUCAUCAAAAUUCUCCAUAAACUUUCAACGCAAUUGGCUCACUACUUCGAUUCCCAUCUAAUAUUAUAUAUAAAUAGACUGAGUGGAGCGGCUUAAAAUUAGGAAGAGAGAGAGCGAGCGAGGGGAUUGGAAAAAAGCUAGGCAGAUGGGAGAAAUAGUAGGGAAAUGCAAUAGUAACAAUGGUAUAAUUGUGGUUGAUUCAAUGACAGAGCAACCAUAUCGAAGCACUUCCUUAAAAACUUUUUCAAAGAAAAGUUUUGAUUCUUUUAGAGUCCACAGUUUUGAUGAGGAGAAUCCAACUGUCAUUGACGGGAUUAGUUUUUCGUCGGCGGCGGAGGCGGCGGCGGCCGUCUCCGGGCAAUGGCCAGCGAAGGAGUUGAACCCUCAGGACGCAUGGCUCCCCAUCACAGAGUCCAGAAAUGGGACUAUAUACUCUUCUGUUUUUCAUGUGUUGUGCUCUGGGAUUGGAUUCCAAGCCAUCCUAUUACCCCUCGCAUUUGCAUCUCUUGGAUGGGUAUGGGGAAUCAUAUGCUUGUCGUUGGCUUUUUCGUGGCAACUCUAUACAAUAUGGCUUCUGGUCAAUCUUCACGAAUCUGACUCUGGACUUCGUUACAGUAGAUUUCUCCAUCUCUCAAUCGCUGCCUUUGGUCCAAAGUUUGGGAAAAUAAUGAGCAUAUUUCCGGUGAUGUACCUAUCGGGAGGAACGUGUGCAAUGAUGAUUAUCACAGGAGGUGGGACCAUGCAACUGUUCUUCAAGAACAUUUGUGGCGAUGGGCCUGGGCUUUCGUGCAAGGCCCAAUCACUGAGUGGAGUAGAAUGGUUCUUGGUGUUCACUUGCAUGGCUAUUCUUCUGGCUCAACUUCCCAACUUGAAUUCCGUCACCAUUAUUUCAUUCCUCGGUGCUGUCGCGGCAAUUGUGUACUGUACUAUUCUUUGGGCUCUUCCCCUCAGUAUGGAUAGGCCCAUAGACGUAUCGUAUGAUCCACUCCCAACAAACUCGAAAUUUGACAAAUAUGGUGAUCUUCUUAAUGGUAUCGGACUUAUCAUUCUUGCUUUCAGAGGCCAUAACGUUAUCCUUGAAAUACAGGCGACGUUACCAUCAAGUCCCAAAAACCCAUCCCGUAAGAUAAUGUGGACAGGAAUCAAAAUCGCAUACAUACAAAUAGCCAUGAUUUUGUUUCCCAUCGCCAUAGCUGGAUUUUGGGCUUAUGGAAAUAUGAUAUCAGCGAAUGGUGGAAUGGUAAAGGCACUCUCUCAAUUCCAUGGACAAGACUUCUCUAAGUUUGUGAUGGGCCUAAUCUACCUCUUAAUAAUAAUAAACUGCUUAUGCACUUUCCAAGUCUAUUCCAUGAUAGUUUUCGACAAUUUGGAAUUUAGAUACACCUCCAUCAAGAAGCAACGAUGCUCGAGGUUGCUCCGAACAGUUUUUCGUCUCUGUUUUGGAGGCCUUGUGUUCUUUAUAUCUGUGGCUUUUCCAUUCUUGGGUAGCUUGGCACCUCUGGUUGGGGGCCUAACAAUGCCUUUGACAUAUUCUUAUCCAUGUUUCAUGUGGAUAUCUAUCAAGAAACCUCACCCUAUUCGCCCAAUGUGGUUGCUCAAUAUGGUACUCGGUUGCUUGGGAGUGAUCUUAAGUGUCGUUUUAGUUGUUGCUGCAAUAUAUAACUUGGUCGACAACGGCCUCAAUGCAAACUUUUUCAGACCUUAACGUCACAUUUUUAUUUGCCACAAAGUUUAACUAGGACUACUUUAUAAUACAUCAAGUGUGUUCAGUUGGCAAGUUUGUACAGGUUCAUUGAUAAAUAAACUUGUUCUUUUUGGUAAAAUAUUAUUAAGAUGA